AUGCCCACCCUGAAAGACCUUGUUUGCCAUGUACAAUGGGCAGAUACUGGAUCCGCAUUCCCUGAAUAUGGGACAAUCUACGGAGAUGGUGUCGUUGAGACCUACAUUGCCGUCCCUGGCCAUCCUCAAGCCUUCAACAUUCGACUCACUUCGCGGAAGUUCAUCUACAAAGGCUUAGCAAUGGUUGUCUUUAUUGACGGAGAUUACCAGUGCAACCGGAACAGAGUCAACCUGCAGCCUGCAAAGGAUGACGCACCGGAUAACAGAACAAAUAUCGACUUCCUUGUAAGACAGAAAGAGAAACCGAUGGGUGAUGGGACAUAUAUGGGUCGCGAGUGGCGUUUCGAUGAUUGUAAUCUUGUCUCUCAAAUCCCUGAUGGCGUCGAUCAAGGCCACUUUGACGAGCUUGGAACGAUCGAGGUUCUGGUUAUGCGAUGCUCCAGCAAUAAUCGCGAGGAUGGCCAAUGUUCGACUACCUCUUCUGCUGAACAUAGCGGUAUCAUGAACGACGAUGAGGAUGCUAGAGAAGAACAACUCUCGGGAGGCGACUCUGGGGGCACAACAGAUGCUGUGCAGAUCGUUGCGGAUGCCGAACCACCCCAAACUGAGGCACAGGAUGCUUUCGGUGGGCUUUUUGGCCUUUUCGAUGGACCCGCCGACGGAUGGUCUUCCUUCGCCGGGAACUCGGGCGAUGCCCCGUCAGGUGGCUAUUCUCGAUGGCAUUGGCGAGGACCUGGUGGUGAAACCGGUCCUUACGGGCCUCAAGAAAGAUCACAGCAUUCGCCGGAUUAUCGUGCAGCUCCCCAUCAUUACGGAGAGCCGCCGCGAUCCAGGUACGACUAUCACGACUCGCCCCCCUCAUCAGCAUAUGCACACCCACUAAAUUCGCCUCCACCACAUAUCAGACCAGAGAGACAUGUUCAUUUCGACUAUGGCGAUAGGGCAAGGCCGCCAUUGAAUAGCUACAACGCAGGUUACGACCACCAACCUCAUCAUACUUGGACCCGAGACGAUGGGCCAGCAUACUCCCAACCUCGUCCAAGUCAUGGUCGUCCAGAAUACCACAGACACCGUAACUCCCAUCCGGACUAUCCUGUUCCCCCUGGAGGCGGGCAUUACAUGUACAAUGCUGAUCGAAAAAUCUACAGCCAAUAUCCCGAUCCGAAUCAGAUUCACGGCAGCUUCCAGCAACAUACUCCUAUGGCCAGUCACUCUAUUCAACAUUCAUACUAUCAACCACCCACUCAAGGGGUCAGUCAUGAACAUCACCAAGCACAUGGUCCGCAGACAUUUGGUCCUUCUCCAGCGAAUUUGCCCGGUUCUACUCCGUCGGUGAUCCCAUUUCCUCCUCUUCCCCCUAAGAUACCGAUUCAGCCCACAAAUCUGCCUCCCAUCCAGCCACAGCCUAUUAACUACCCUGUUCCAAUUUGGGUGCGCCCACCAACAAUGCCGGUUCCACCAUUUCCAACUGCGAUGCCGAUCUAUCCUCCCCUGAACAACGCACCACUAUUCCAGUCUCAGAAAAUAGAUGCCAGUAAUGUCCCAAGCACCCAAAAUGACAGCACAGUUGCUCCGGGUGGAUUUCAAGCCGGAUCAAAUGGGGACAGCUCUCAGCAACAGGGAGGUGACAACGCCAACAUUGUCGAGAACAACAACUCCAACACGGUUCAGACAAAGCCCGCGGAAGAUCCUCUACAAAAUACAAAAAAGAAUAGCAAUGAUGACGGUUGGGCCACUUCUGGAAAUAAUAACUGGAGUAACGAUGAUGGGCGGGCAAAUGGAGGUGUAGACGACAAUGUAAGUAACAAGGCUGGUCAGAAUUUGAGCGACGCCGGAUCAAACGAGAACAAUAACAACACCUUCAAUAACGAACCCAACGGUGACGACUUUGGGCAGAAUUGGGGAGGAGACAACUCCGCCAAUACUGGAACCGGUCAAGGCUGGGAAGACGAACCCAAUAAUGGGACUGGUCAAGGUUGGGAGAACGAGAACACCAACGCUGGAGGCAGCAGCUGGCAGAAUGAACCCACCCAAAACAACACCGGGAACCAACAGAGCAAUAACAAUGGUGGGUGGGCGAACGAGAAUCAAAACACUGGGGGUGGCGGGAAUACUCAAGCAGGCAAUGGAAGCAACAAUCCACAACAUGGCUCGAUCUCCAACAACACGCCUGCAUCAGAUGGAAAUCCAUUGAACAGCCGAUCUCUGUAUGGUCCUCACGGGGCAUACUACACCUCAAAAGCCAGUGCGCAAAAUGCACCCCCUGCAGAAGCCGAGGAAGAACCCCGGUAUGACGUCCCUCAAGCCAUUGCGCAGUCCAUUGGUGUUACGAAACAAGUGCAGCCAGGGAAAGGCUACCUGUACAACAAGAAGAGGUGUGUUCCUUACUACCUUGACUCUCUGGACGAGCCGUACGCUAGGUUCGUCUUCAAAUACCGAACAAAAGAACAGCUCAAGGACGAGAUCGGGGUCGAGAUCACAGCCGAGCCAAGUCCAAACGAGGACAUCAAUGCUCUCGAGAACUUGGAUAAGGCAGAGUUGAUCCAGUUGGUGAUUAGGGCAAAAGGAGCUCUCGGGGGCACGAUACCCAGUCCUCCACCGAAAGUGACACCGACUUCCGUGAAUAGCUUUGAGCAGGUUCCCGUCGACGCUCCAGAUGUGGGUUUUCUCAGGUACAGCUUACCACGCAUGCGCAAUGCGUCGAACGUUGUGGGCCUUGGGAUUGGCCUAUCCCCGGCUCCAAACAACCAAAAUGAUGGGGGGAAUGUCAGUCAAGGCAACAGCAACAGCAAUAAUAACAGCAAUUGGAAUAAUGGUUCGAACAACGAUUGGCAAACCGGGAACAGCCAGCAGAACACGAGCGGGAAUAAUGGUGGAUCUCAGAACUGGCAAGAAAACAAUCAAUCGCAGCCCAAUAACAGCAGCAACAACCAGAGUUGGGGGAACGGAGGUGGCAGCGGGAACAACAAUAGUGGUUGGUACAGCGCCUCCGCAGGGAACAAGAACGGCUGGGACGGGCAACAAGAAAAGCAGGCCAGCACUGCGUCUCACCACGCAGGGAACUUCAACACCGCGCAGGGAACCUCUCGCCGCAGCUCAGCGAUCAGUCCAAAGGGCCAGAUCUCGGCUCAAGGAAACGGAGGUCCCGCUGGACCCCCGCCGGGCGACUUGCUCGACUACGUCCUCAACAACCCGCAAGCAGCGGCGCGCAUGGGCAUGACCGGCCCACCAGCCCCUGCUCCCCCAACCGUUGCUUUCACGGGCGCCGGCACCGUCGGAGGUGGCCAGACGAAAUUCGACAUGAGCGCCAGUAGCGGCGCUGGUCCGCGGCCAGCAACGCCUACAGAACCUCCGCCGCCGUGCAGCCCUCUCAGCGUUCAGGAUCAGGGAGGCUUCGGGGCCGCGGGAUGGGGCAUGGAAGGACCAAAUCCAGCAGCGCCGUCGGGUGGUUGGUAA